AUGUUGUAUUUGCUUUGGACUAGAAUUGAAAUAGAAAAUGCUUUCUCAUGGCUGUCAACACUUGGAGGAGCAUAUUCAGCUUUAGGGGAUUACUUUGAGCAUUGUGCAGAGGAAGCUGGCAAGAUAUCUAUGAGACAGUACAAACUUUCAAGAUUGCUUGGUGAUGAUGGCCUGGCUGCUCGUAGCAGAUUGUAUUCUGCUAUAGCCCAUGCACAGAAACAAAGAUUGAAACUUGCCAGGCAUAUUGUUAGGAAUAUAGCUGCAUUUGCUAGGAGGACACGCGAUGUACGCUUAAACCGUAUGUGCCAAGGUGUUUGGGCGAAGUUAAAGUAUUUACGAACUCAAAAACCACAGCAGCUACCACAUGGCAAAGAAAGUAGUGAUAAUGGGAAAAAUGUUACAAAUAUGGGUGAUGGAAGUGUAGAGGUUGCAAGAGUAAUAUGUGUGAAG